GCCGCAGGCUCCGUCGGGCCGGACUGCCGGAGCAGCCCCGAAGUUUGCGGGGCGGCCGGCGCGGGGCCAUGUGGCUGCUGUGGCUGCUGCUGGGCUCGGCGGACAGCCAACUGUUGCCUGGGAAUAACUUCACGAAUGAAUGCAACAUUCCUGGAAACUUCAUGUGCAGUAAUGGACGCUGUAUCCCAGGGUCCUGGCAUUGUGAUGGGCUGUCAGAUUGCUUUGAUAACAGUGAUGAGAAGGAAUGCCCAAAAGCCAAAUCCAAAUGUGGUGCCACGUUCUUCCCCUGUGCCAGUGGGAUCCACUGCAUCAUUGGCCGCUUCCGCUGCAACGGCUUCGAGGACUGUCCCGACGGCAGCGAUGAGGAGAACUGCACAGCAAAUCCCUUGCUUUGCUCGACUGCCCGAUUCCACUGUAGAAAUGGUCUUUGCAUUGACAAAAGCUUUGUGUGCGACAGUCAAAAUAACUGCCAAGACAACAGCGAUGAAGAAAGCUGUGAAAGUCCUCAAGAGGCAGGGAGCGGCCAAGAUUACGUGACCUCUGAAAAUCAACUGCUUUACUACCCAAGCAUCACCUACGCCAUCAUUGGCAGCUCUGUCAUUUUCGUCCUCGUGGUGGCCUUCCUUGCCUUGGUGCUGCACCACCAGCGCAAGCGCAACAACCUGAUGACGCUGCCGGUGCAUCGCCUGCAGCACCCCGUGCUGCUGUCCCGCCUCGUGGUCCUCGACCACCCGCACCACUGCAGCGUCACCUACAACGUCAACAACGGCAUCCAGUACAUGGCCAGCCAACCCUACCACAGGCCAGUGGACCUGGACUCCCCUCCAUCCUAUUCAGAGGCUGUGCUCGACCAAAGCAGACCACCUUGGUUUGACCUUCCUCCACCACCUUAUUGUUCUGAAUCUGAGUCCCCUAACCAGCCAGACCUUCCUCCUUACCGCUCUCGGUCGGGAAGCUUGGCCAGCACAGACACCCCCAUGGCAGAAAGUCCUGUGGGCACAUCCGACAGCUGGACGAGAGGCGUCCAUGGCAGCAUGGAUGGGCACAGAACUCUUCUGGAGAGGACAGUGGAUCAGAGUGAUCCUCUGAUCAGCCACACUGCUGAAAGAGAGGUCUAACUGCUCUAGUAGUUGGGAUGGCCAAGGCAUUUCCUGUGUCUGUGUGGGUUAAGCUGCUGUGGCUGGUAGGUUUCAGGGAGACAUGUGCCUGAAUGGUGACUUGCUUUGAGUUCACGCUGAGUAAAUAUUUCAGUUCAGCAUUUUGGGCUCAACAAAAGCAGAGCAAGGAGAGCUAAACCUAGAGUCACAUCAGCUCUCCACAGUAUUUCUGUGAGCAAGUUCUGGUUCAGACAAGCAAGAAAAACAUCAGUGCUUUGUCAAAAGAACUGAUGUGAUGUAUUUAUUGGACUGCUUACUGUAUAUGAAUGUAUAUAUGUGUGUAUAUAAUAUUUACAGAAGUUGCACAUGAGAACUCUGCAAGGAGGACCCUUGGUUUUCAGACUGCCUUCCAUCCUGCCGACGUGGGAGCUGUUUCUUCUUUUUUUCUUGCUGUCUGGUGCCAACUGGUGGUCACUGAAGCAUAUGAGAAACAGUCGUCUGCUUGGAGGUCUGGUGCCCAAUGCCAACCACCUGGCAGUGCCCAAGUGGCAGAAAAUCUCCUACUUGACCCAUCUCUGCGUGGCCUGUGAAGGAGGUUUAAACUUGUGAUGAUGCAACAACUCUAGCUAAGCAAGGGUUUUUUUCCCAGAUGCCAGUAUCUAGGGCAAAUUUGCAUGGGUUGUCUAAGCAGCACCACAAAGGUUGGCUUAUCUGUCAAAUGUCAGGGCUGAGUACAGAGGCACUGAAGAGUCUCAAAACAAGAGCAAGACUUCUUUUCCUGUGAGGCAUAACAUUAUUCCAUGUGUUCUCUCUUAAAAAAAAACCCACAACUAAACAACAAAACAAAUUGUUCCAGCAAAAUCUUCAACACCAAAGCUGGUGUGAGGCAAACACCCAGAGCAGAAAGCUUUAAUGUCAGUGAGUAGUUUGUUAUAUUUGUAAAAUACCUGAAAGGAGGUCAUGCAGUGAAAGGUGUUGGGCUUGGCUUCCCAUCUACAGCAUGUCUGUGUACAUGCAUGGAUACACAUGUGUAAUACUGUUUGUAGGUAUGUACAGAGUUUAUCACCUGGGUUUAGUUCUGCUACGCCGCAAGAACUCUAAACCGUCAAAGUUUUGGUUUUGAUAAACUCAUUGGUUUUAACAGAGUUUGCAUUAUUCACAUUCAUUUGGUUGAAAUUCUAACUUCUGCAGAAAACCAGAAUCAUUUAUGUUCUGUUCUGUCUUAAGUCUUGUAAUGGUCCAAUUGUGUUUCAAUGCACCUUGUUGAAUCAUCCUGUGAAAGCACCUCUGAGGUAAAGGUAUUUUGUGAAUUUAAAUGCCACUGCAGUGCCAUAUUUGUACUCAGUAUACAGUAAACAGUGUAGUGUCUUCCUCUUGUCUGGGGGAAAAUUUGCCUUAAAAAAUUAUUUGUAUUUGUCUGUCGCACAUUUCCCACUCUUUUUGUGUAAAAGAACCGUGUCAUUAAACAGACCUUGCUGUUUAAAGGAAGUGAAUGAAACUGACUGCCCACACCUUCUGCUUUCUUCCUCCCCAUCUUUGUAAGAUAGAUUCUUUUGCCCAAAGGUUACAUGCUCAGAACCCAAGAAUUUGGAGUGUAUGUAAGGGACCUACUCUAGUUCAGUCUCAGUUCUCAUAAAUACAGCUGAAUAUUUAGGGAGGGGGUUAGGGUGUUGGUUUUUAGGGGUUGGUUGUUUGUUUGUUUUUUCAUUUCCAGCUCUGAAGUCUGUUGUCACAAUAUGCAAGAUGCAGGGACCUCUUGCAGAUAGAUUUACAAGCACAGGUCAUUCCAGGACUGAGGGACAUGAUGGGGGGUCCUGGUGAAAUCUAAUGCUGAUGGGCUGGGCUGUCUUUGGAAGCAGAUUAAGGGCAGCUUUCAUUACAGGCAUAGGCAGCCUGUGGUGAAGUGCAUUGGUGAAGAUGCUCCUAGGUCCUUGCAAAGUAAUGUACAAGAGUGGGUCAGAUUUCAUCCUUGCUGAGAACUCAAGCAAUGUAAUUAUGCUGUCCUGCACAAAGCAGGAUUUAGCUUUAUUACUGACUGGCCAAGGUCAUUGGCAGAGUGUUGUCAUUGCACAGAGCAGACAGCUAUUCUUUAUUUCACAGGUAGAGCAGACUCAGGUACGUGAAUGAGUUAAUAGUACAGGUGGAGGCAGGGACUUCUGUGAUCACUAGACCCUGCUGUCCCUCUUGCCUUUCAUUAAGGUUCUGCUUGGCCUCUUACAGAGAGCUAUGUUAUGCUGUAUCAAAAUCAACCUUAAUGAUUUUCCGUUGCAGUUUUAGAAACUUUAUAUUGGCCUUGAAAACAUACCAAUGAAGAACUUGUAGUAGUUUCAUUGUAAUUGGGUAUCUUUUUAAUUUUAAAGUUGCCUGAAGCUAUAUAAGUAAAACUAAAUGUUUGUGUCCAGUAUCCCUCAAGCCUUCCACAGGGGAUUGCAUUUCACCAUGUGUGUUCUAAGACACCAUAGGGUGUGCAGCCCAAAUACUGUGCCGAUGCCAUCUGAAAAAUGUUGUCUUGCAUUGCUAAGAAGUAGGAAAAGAGUGUCUUCUGUGUCAGUCACUGUCAUAUAUGUACAUAUAUAUAUAUUUUAAAAACUUACUCUUUGAGGAUGUAUAUAUUCGUGUAACUUUUGCAUUAAGAUAAUCCAUCUGGACUUUACCAAAAAAAAAAGGAAAAAACAUUCUUAAUGGUGUUAUGUUUUCCCUUCCAGCUAAGGGUGUAUUUAUCUUUGUAUAGGAAUCUAGUUUUUGAGAACACAACUUAAAAGGAGAUUGUGCCUUUCUGUUUGAAUGUUGAUUGGAAAAGUUGUUACCUGCAUUUCUGGGUGUUGUUACGUAUCAUUGUCUAGAGAUCCAAAAAGAGCAACAAGUCUUGUCUUCCUUUUCAUUCUUACUUAUGGGGACCACUGAACUUUAAGGACUACAGCAGUUCAGUAUCUUGUUCCCAAAAGGCAUGCUAAAACUUGGGGUGGCUUGUCUUACUCCAGUUUUCUGGCUUGUAGAACAAGUUUGCCAGGCUGGUUUCUUUGGAAAUUGCUGUAGUAUCACACAGAAAUUGUUUAUGAUGUGUCACUUCUAGUGUGUUAAUAUAGCAUUGCACUGCAUUAUUCAGUGGAAUGUUUGGGAAACAUGCUGAUGAAAUUAAAUAUUUCACUGAAAAUCCUGCAGCUUGAAAAGCUGAAGUUAAAUGUUCAUCUAAUAAGACGGGUAGGGUUUCUUUUCAGUUACAGGUAGAAUUGGAAUUGAUCAUCCUAUUGUAUGCAAUUGUUCUUAACCUUUUAGUUUGAUGUUAGUCAUCCAGGGGCUUUCCUUUCUACUUAGUAUUUAAACAAAUGGAUGUUAUUUCAAAGAUUAAUUCUUACAAAAGUAAAAUCAAUUAAAGUUCUCUUCAAGAGCCAAAUUCUGUUUCCACAUCUGUACAGAAUGGUGACCACUGUAUUGAGUAGUUCUCAGUGCAACUAUUAAUAUAUUUGAACAAAAGAUUUUGAAGAACUCAAAGUAAAUGAAGGCAUGUUGGAAAGAAGGUAAUUUAAAAUUAAACAAAUAAAUAAAAUUCAGAGCUUCAAGUGUCUAACCUCGGCUGAAAUCAGAGUACUGUGUAUUUAAAAUGAUGCCAUUAGUGAUUCUGCUUGAUAGUAAUCUGAAGUUCCUUGUAAGGCAAAUUACCAUUUACCUCUCUGGUACUGGAAAUGGAAAACUGGCACUAAUGCUUUUAAAAGAGAACCUGUGAGUAAUUUUCUUGGCUCUUCUCUGCAGUGACAUAUGCAAAAAAACUGACUGCAUUGCAAUUUUUAAAUAAUUCUGCAUUCCUUCUUCCUACUUUUAAGACAGAUCAGUUUUAUUUACACCACUUCACUUUGAUACAGCUAAUAGGGCCCUUGUAAUAGAUUUAAAAACUGAGUGGAGGAAAGAGAUGACUCUCACUUUAAUUAAUGCUACAGCUUGUUAAUCUUGUGCUCUUUACUUUUAGACAUCUUAGCAAAGACAAAUGGUUUUAGUAGAUAAGGAAAACUAUUAACGAUGAAAAGGAUGGAAGGACACUGAUUGUGGUUUUUAAUGAAUAUUUUAAAUUGCAUAAAUGAAGAAAAAAAAUUAAUGCUGUAUUUUUAAUGUGGUGAUCAAAUUACGAGUACUGUUUUUAACUGUUGCUUAUUGGAAGGUACUUUGCAUAUAAUGCCUGGAACUAAAAUGGUAAGACAAGGGCUUUUCUUGCAGUUCUUACUAGAUCUCCAAUAUUUUUUUAUUAAUACAAGGUUAUAUUACACCCAUGGACUAAAAUAUGGACUGCAGGAACAAUUUCAAUACUGUGCUGGAUUCUGCCUGAAUGUAUCCCAGUACAGGACUGUGGCCUUCAUUUAUGUUUUUUUUUUUCUUUUCCUGAUUUGAGGGGUUUUGUCAACUUGAAAUGGAGAAGUUAUUUAAAUGCUUUAACAGAGAUUGUACGUUGAAAGCCAAUCUUGUCUUAAACUUUUGUAAACUGGAAAUCUUCAAAAAUGUAUUCUGUAUUCCUGAAUAAAAUUGGUGUUUUAAUACUG